AUGAUGUGCCAAUUGCAACUCUGGCUUUCGCGCUUUUGUAUUCCAGUAUCAUGCGAGCAUACAGCGGCCAAUAAGAGUGAUCCUUGUUAA